UACACGGAGAUUGUUUUUCUUAGAUAUGUCAUCUUACAAAGGACAUCUCUCUCCUCUUAAGAACUUAACCCCCCAAAAUGUCCUUUCCCAGUAGCUCUCCUGCGGCAAACACGUUUUUAGUGGACUCUUUAAUUGGUGCUUGCAGGUCGGACAGCUUUUACUCCAGCAGCAACAUGUACAUGCCGUCUGGCUCAGAAAUGGGAACUUACGGAAUGCAAACCUGUGGACUCCUGCCGUCUUUCGGCAAAAGAGGGGAGGUCAACCAUCAAAAUAUGGGCAUGAAUGUCCACUCGUACAUACCUCAAAUAGAUAACUGGACUGAUCCGAACAGACCUUGCAGAUUAGAGCCGUCCACUCAGAUGUCAAACUGCACAUUUUCACAGAGCAUAAAGGAAGAGAGUAACUGCUGCAUGUACUCCGAAAAGAGAGUGCAAAAAGUCAGCUCGACAGAGGUCCCUGCAUAUUCUAACGUUAUUUCCGAGUCUUGUCCUGUCGAUGGUCCCGAGAUCCCAGUCCCGGGCUACUUCAGACUGAGCCAAACUUAUGCGAAUGGGAAACAUCCGGACAACUACUGCCAUGAGCCACCGAGUCCAAACCCAACACUGGUGCAGCUCAGUCGGGUCACUCCGAAACCGCAGUCCUCCUCCGCGCCUUCAAAUUUUGCAGAGGAGAAAAAGAAAAGUGAGGGUGUACCGCAAAACCCCGAGACCUCAAGGACCGCGGUCCCCACAGACAGCCCGGAUCCAAGGUCCAGCUCCGGGGAGAAAAACUGCUCUAUGGAAGCCCCAGUGUCCAGCCCUGAGCUGCUAAAGGAAGCGAAAGAUUGCAAGAGUAACACUACGACAAGCAACUGGUUGACUGCAAAAAGUGGAAGAAAGAAAAGAUGUCCCUACACAAAGCAUCAGACCUUGGAGUUGGAGAAGGAGUUUCUCUUCAACAUGUAUCUGACCCGAGAGCGCCGCCUAGAGAUCAGCAGGGGCGUCAACCUGACCGACAGGCAGGUCAAGAUCUGGUUUCAGAACCGCAGGAUGAAGCUGAAGAAAAUGAACAGAGAAAACCGCAUCCGUGAACUGACCUCAAAUCUCACCUUCUCGUGAGCCUGCAUGUAACUGUGGUUAGCUGUCAUUCAUGUUCUCUCAUAUUCAGUUUGAUGCUUUAGUUGCAUUGGACGUUUAUCUUCAAUUUCAACGAAACUGUGAAUAUAUAUAGGCCAAUUUUAGUACUUUCUGUGGCGUCGUGUAUUUGCUUUAUUUUAUCACACGGUUACACUUUUAAGUCUUAAAUUAUUGAAGUCGAUUUCUUCUUUGUAGCCAGUAGACCUGGAUAUUUUUUAUGUGUCGCGAUGGCGAGCUCUUUGUUAUAUAUUUUCUCUCAUUUCCAGUCAUGAAAGCACAUUUAUUGUCGUGUAUAGUGCAACAUUUGUUUUACAGUAAGUGCAAGCCAUUUGCUCAA